CACUGCCUCGCUCGCCAGAACAAUUCAAGCGAGCUUCGCUGGCGGGUGGUCGGGGCCGGCCGCCAGAGCGACCGCGUCGCUGGCGUCGCGCGCAUCGACGUCCGGUGGCGGCGGAACCCUGGGCCCGGAAGCGCUCUUCCUCCCGGAACGCCAACCUCCCGCGCCGCGUGACGUCACGGCCGUGUUGGCGUCGGCUGCGCGCCUGCGCGAGAGAUGACCCGGGGCUGCCGGCGCGUUCGGUCCCAUUCAUGCUGCAGAGCACCUAGCGGGCCAAGCUCCACUAUGACCGGGCUGCUUCUGCCGCCGCUGCUGAUGCUGCUUGCCGCCCUGGUUCCAGGGUCGCGAGCAUCGGGGGUGCCAUCAUUCCGCUGCUACCAGUGCCGUGUAGCCAACAACGAGGACUGCCACGAUGGCUACCUCAAGUCUUGCCCCACUGACCAGGCGUACGAUGUCUGCAUGACCAUGGUCGUCAAGAACGCCCAGCAAGGCUUCUUCAUCGAGAAGAAGUGCGCCCUGGGUCCCUGCAACCUGCGCGACGAGAAGCAGAGCCAGGGCUUGGGCCUGGACACUUGCGACCGCUCCAAGGACUCGUACAGCUGUUUUGAGUGCUGCAAAGGCGACGGCUGCAACACGAACGCCGCCGGCCGCCGCUCACCGCUGCUCUCGGUGCUGUUGCUGCUGACCGCUAUGCUGGCCGGCCGGAGGGCGUGAGCUCGCGGCGCCACUGCCGAGCCUCCGAGCGCGCCCCGGCCUCUCUUCUCCCGCACCAACCCCACCGCUCGCGUCUGCCACUGCCUUGGCCGCCGAAGGCCGAUGGGCGGGCGACGGGCACUCUGCGCACCGCCGCGCGACGUCCUGAACGGUACAAAUCACGCCGGGAGCUCUCCCCUCGCCUCCUCCGCACCCCAACACCGCAACACCACGAGAAACCCCGGGCGCGAGGCCGGCGGACGGAGCCGCUGCCUGCAGCCACAGGCAUCUUCAGUGAACACCACAAAGAUCCGUGCCGUGAUCGAUACACACACGCACAGACACGCGCAUACCGACACACACUGCACACAGAAGACUUCGCUCGCGCCUGCCUUUCUGCUCGGCUGACGUCGAAUACCAACAGUGUGGCCUCGAUGAAACACGACGCAGCGCGAUGCAGGGGCACGGAAUGAGCGAAAACAAAAGCUGAUUUCAUUAGUUCGCGCUCCGGCCCAGCUGGUUCUUGCUUGUAGGUCCAGACGCGUCCAUAGUAUGUAACGCUUGCGUGUCAUUGCUGUGUGCCGACAUCGACAUGCAAGGACAACCAAGCUUAUCUAGGCGUUCGAAAGUGCUCGGAAGAACAAAGCACGAGCGCUUGAGUACUAGUUUGGCCAGCGCCUCUGCUGCCCGCGUCGCGUUGCUGCGCAGCACCAUGGCCGAGACUGUGGCUUCCAUACUGGUACCUUGGCCUUCAUUCCAGCCAAAGCUCAAAGAGUAGAGCAUCUUGUGUUCGAGCGCGCUUGCGCGUUCAUUUAUCGAUAGGUUUGCCUCGCACAACCGUGCACGACCCUCCGAAGCAGCUUCAGAUAUACUUCAUUCCGUUAAAACUGUAUGCAGACCUCUGGCGUUGUCAGUCGUCGACGUAGCCAGGUUCAAUGGUUGUCCCCUAGGCCUUUGGAGCCUAGCUGCUGAUCUUUCCUUAUUUCUUUCUUCCUUUCUUUAUUUCUUUCUUGAGCGUGUGUGAGUGCUCACGUACGCAUCCUUCCCAAAGUCACCAAUUGAAGAAAACUUUAAACAAUGUUUGGAAUAGCAUCGCGAGAACAAUUUCCAAAAAAAAGAGAAUAACAGGAAAAGAAACCCCUAUUCCUCGCUCAAACAGGGCUUGAAGUAAGAUCUAAUAUCUCAGGGCAUUUUAUUUCAUUUCGCUAUAUAUGACCUGGGGCCGUAUAACGCAAAACUAUUCCAAUCUGCUUUUAUUCCAAUUUCUUUACGUCAAAUUUACGUAAACACUGGCGCAAGGAUCGGGCGGUAACCCGGAGCUUUGUUUGAAAAACCCAAUCAAACGCGCUUCUCGUUUAUAGUAUGUGACUUUCUUUUGCUUUCAAAGCGAAUAGCAUUGCUAUUGGUUGAGAAGGGGCGAGGAGCACGCUCAAGUGGAGAGAGUUCGAUGGGGCCGAGGAAGCACAGCGAAAGUAGACAACCAGAUGAGGAGGGUCGUGCCAGCGUCUGAGAUUGGUCUGCUUCCCCUUACUUGGCUUACGGUGGCUGGUAGAAAAUCGCGGCAGUGUGCAACGGAAGGUUAAACAUGCCGUUAAAACGGAUCCUCGGCAAAGUAGAGUGUACAGGGCGAUAUCGUAUACGUGCCGAGAGGUCUCGAUAACCUUAUAUUGCCACAUAAAAUCCUUUAUUAUACGCAAAUAAAUUCAUGCUCCCCGGCAGCUCCGAGUAGCCAGUGCCACAGCGAUCGGCGGGCAGCCAUCUUCCAUUCCUUUUGGAACGGGGCAGUCUCCGGCUAUUCAGAGAAACUUUCAGCUUUGUUCGGCAUAUUAAUGCGUCUUUAACCCGUACACGUCAUUCUGAUGGGGUGAGUUUUCGUGAUUUUGUGACGUCGCGUGAGAGACAGGUAAAGUGAGCGGAGCCCGAAAACAUUGGACCAAUUGCAAUUGGUCAAACGACGCCUUUUUCGCUAAUGGCGAAAUAGGCGUGGAAUCAGAAAUUAUAAUUUUCCUUUUGUUCGGCAUAAUCAGUGUGCACAUAUCAUAACAGACGGGGCGUCAUCACGGUUUUCGUGACGUCGCGUGACAGACAGGCGCAGUGGGUGGUGGCUCGAAAUUUUUUUGACCAAUUGUGGAGGACUGAUUGCAGAAUUGGAAUAGAUAAGUUUGGAAUAGGUUCAUGUUAUAGCGCCCCUGCUCAGACAGAACGACUGCGGGAUUGGGGAAUCACGGCUUCUCUGUUAUCCAAUAUCCUCAUGCAUUUAAUUACUUUGAGUAAACAGACGAUCGAAUCGUAGAUGACAUUAUGCACAUCUACAGAUAGAUCAAAUGACAAUAGUUCGAAAAAGACAAGACGCGUGACGUUUUCUCGGCAUUAACUUUUUAAGUACCGUGCCCACUGAAAGACAGAAACACAUGCCUCCUUACUGUUUGUUCCUUUCUUCGCGUGGCCAAGUGAUCAAGACUCGGCGACGAAAUCCGCGCUGUCUCUGGAACCACACUUGAAAUAUACGCUACACAAAGUCGAACAGUCGAGCCGGUUUUAUUAGCAUGCUUUUCUUUACCCGGUGUGUUCCAGAAACAUAUGCUUCCUUAGAGACAUGCGGGAUAUAACGUUAUGUCGCACUCAUGGAAGUCUCCAAAGAUAGUACCAAUAGCAAAAUUUUCUCGGUGAAGAACUACUGCAUUAAUAGUACUACAAUCGCGCCUCUUUCACCCUUCGUCUCAUAAAAAAAAAGAAUUAUACGCUAUAUGAAAACCAUCGUAAAUAAUUCACUGUAGCUUCUGUACUUAUCCAACGACGUGCAUCUAUGUUGGUUACUCACAAAGUUGUGACAGUGUUGGCAGAAAAAGUGCGACCCGUUGCCUGUAUACAUGGUGCGCCUGCAAGCCUGCCACCAGGUAUCUAUUCCUCCCGUCGAUAUGGCGAACCGCAUUUGCUACGUGAGUCUUCACGUCCGCUUGAAAACGUUAACAUGCUCGAUGUGCACGGUAUUCAUAUUCCGCCUGACGUAUACAAUUUAUACAUGUGCGGUAUAUACAAGCAUAUAUCUUACACAAUGCGGUCGAGCGUGGGCAUAAUACGCUUCGGGCAUCCUCCGAAAAUAUGCACGGCCAAGGUCUACCGAAAUGCUCACCACGGUCAGCGUGAGCUAUACAGUAUAUGUUGUAGUCGGCAUCAAGUAAUUUCACGCGCAUCGAUAGCGUAACGUUAACUUUGCUUGACUGUUUUCUUUCCGCCGGGCAAAAAAAGACGCGUUGCCUUCACGGGAGAAGAGUGGCCGCCAUUUCGCUAGUCCCUGCAUAACGGAUUCUCUUUUCCUCGUGCAUAAUAUAUAGGCAAACAGUUACAUCCGUACCGUCUGUUCCUCUGCGUCUGUGAUCACUCAAACACGAGAAGCAGACGACGACUUUCGCUACACGCGUUCGUGGCCGCGCGUCUCGCUUUAUAGCAGGAGCUUUUUAUGAUGAUUUCGCGGCCGUUUCGGUGUUGUCUAGUGAGCGUCUCUACCCCGCCGCGGCUAAGUCCUUCUGUGCUCGCCGGCGAUCACGUGUUGUGCGAAGGAGCUCGCAGUAGCGUGGCCCCUCUCACCAUUCAACGGUUGUGCCGCAACCCUGUCUGGUACCGCCUACUCCCCAUUUCCAAGCUAGCUCCCCUGCUAUCCAGCGAGCGUGCGCAGAGGUGCUUGUCUCGUGCGUUCCGAAUCCCGGCCAGCCAAGGGUUGAGAGCGAAGCAUCGCCACAUUCCUUCUUCGUGCACAACCCUCGCAUGAGAGGCCUCUUCCCGCGCGCGCGAGGCCUAACUUACUGCGGGCCUGCUUGCACGAAUAGCCCAGGAGGCCUAAAUAUCCCAAAAUCCGCAUCGAUCUUUGCCUUUGAAUAGGCAGCCAAUUCGGACAAACGUGCCGGUUACCAGUUAUCGAGUCUAAAGUUAAGCUGGUUCACUCUUUCAAAAUUCUAGGAGAAAAUAUCGGCAGCUUCGUCGUCCAGAGAGAAUGCUGGCCUGUUGAAAAGUGAAUAUCCGUCUACAUGGGGGUGGAUAACUAAUUGGUAAAGGGAGUAAUAAUCGAUGCAGAGCUCCUGAUGCUUUGAAUGAAAGGCUCCAUUUGUCGGGCUCCAGGGCAAUGGAAUGGUUAAGUUUCGCAGCUUAACGGAGCCUUUCACAUUGCAUUCGCUAAGACAUGUAAUUAUGCUCAAGCCUGUGUCGACGCAGUAAUGCGUAUCCGAUGGUAAUCCCCGGGUUUUCUUCGUGCAACCAAGCCCCAAUUCCCGAGUACAUUAACUGUGUACAUACAUAAAGCUCUAAAGAGUUUGCAUCGCUAAGUGAAGUAGUGACCUUGCUCAUUAUUGAUACUCACCACUAGAGGGUCAAGCGAAAGUGCUAUUCUAAUGUUUUGCAUUUGUUCCCUUGUUCCUGUUGGCAAAUCAUUCUUUUUUUACACCGCAGACAUCAGGACGUAUAUAAGUGGUAUGUACCUUCUCCGAUGCCAACAGACUGAGAUGCUUCGCGUUGCGUCUAGCCCACUUUUCACGAGCACUUUUUUUUUUAGACUCUGUAUGUUGAUGACUAACGUGCGCCGAGAUACGCCGAAGGGCGCAUAACUGUGGCAGCGCAUUGUCUGCCGGCACAGGCGCUUGUUCAAGUGCGGCUUGGUGCCUGUGUAAGACUGGUUUAUAGUAAAAAAAAAAAAGUACAAUCUGCAGGCUCAACGCUAAAGUUUAAUGUAUUUUUGGGUUUGUUUCCUCCUGUGAGUAGGCGGUUUAAAUCGAAGUACUGUGUGAGACACGUAAAUGUUGACAGUGCCAAUUCUGACAAAAGAGCCGUGCGUUCUUUUUCGCCGACUACCAUUUUCAUUGCCACCAAGGAAUGCUGUACGACGUCUUUGUGUUCCUCGUGUUCAUAAUGCUUAGUAGUGGCGUCGAUUGAACAAUGUCCUGUGUUAGUUCACAGCCCCCCUGGGAGAUCUCAUCUGUACAAUGUUCGCUGUAAAUAUCCCCUUCGUAUUUGUUUUUCUGUACACGGUGAAAGCUCUGUGUGUAUAAGCUGGUGCAGCUAUCGAAUAAUCGCUUGUAUGUCGCGUCGUUGGUGUCGAGUCUCGUAAUCUUUCGGUGCAGUUCGAACGUAUGUAUCUUCCACCGUCUCUCUCUCUCUCUCCUUUUUGGCAUCGCCAACAACUACUCUGCAAGCACAAAGAAAUGUGAAUAUGCACGUGUGGCUUCGAAUUCUGACCUCCGUGUGUACUACGCCUGUUGUUCUCCCGGCAUAUCGUGUGCGUAUGUAGUAUAUCUGUUGUUCCCCGCAGACGCCUGCAAAUAUAGCGCGUUCAGCUCUGAAUACACACAAAAAUAAUUUUAAAAAUGGAGCGCACUUCUUUGAAAGCCGUGGCGUGUGCGUAUUCCCUGAAAGACCGCGGGGGCUUGGCGUUUACGCCGCGUAGAAGUGGCCGCGUGUACUCUUCGUUCUGGCCGUAGCGCCGCGAUUUGCGAGCACUUUUUCAACCUUCGCCCACUGGCGAGGGCUGGGAGUCUGGCAUACAUGGCGUCCGUGGAAUCCUUCUCUGACUUAAUGAACACCUGUCGGCUAGCGUCUGGCCUGGAAAGAAGAAUGACAGCGCCGAUAUGUGAAAGCAACACGAUCAGACCGACGCCAGACCGUGAGCAACUCCGAUGUUUAUAUAGAGCUGAUCUCGGGCCUCCGGUGACGGACGCACCGGUUCCUAUUGCCCUUCACUUUUCUAAACUCUUUCGUCAUAACUUCGCAAAUUCUAACCUUUGCAUGCUAUAGCUCAAGUGCAUGGGUGAGACUGGCGAAUGAAAAGGACGCAGAGAGAGACACGGCCAGAUUCCUUCUUGCGCGUGCAAAUCCGCGAGCUUAUGUAACGCGGCAAAACUUACGUGGACGAACAGCUAGCCGUCGUCAGCGAAAUGCUUAGGUGAAUUCUUUGGCUUUUGCACAAGUUUGAUGAAUAAUGACUGUGGCGCCAUUCACAGUGCUUUACUUUUUUAUUAUGCGUUUCGCCCACAUAAAAGUCGGUUUCACUCAAAUCCUUGUGAGGGAGCUUCCAUGUACCCUCUUACCGAUCUGUCCAAGUGUUCGGUCUGUCUGGAGUCAGAUGUUUAUGAAACCCAUGCGCGCGAUUCCUUAAGCGUAUCAGCGACAGAAACAAAAUUUCUCUCCGUAAGCAUUUAAUGACGAGUCAUUAAGCAUCAGUCAUUUCACAUGAUAAUUGCAUUCAUAUUAUUUUAGCUCAUCGGUUAGCGCCGCCUCACAGGUGUUAAACAAGAAAACAACAUGCCUGUUUGGAGCUUCGUUUCUUUUUACCCCGUCACCGAUUCCGUUCCAAGAUAUUGCAACUCGCUCGCUUAAUUAAAAUAUUACUCCGCGUGUUGGCUUUAGAAAAGUGGAAUAAUGUGAAAAUACUUGAGUCAGCUGAGCAACGCCUUUGCCGUCUGGGCGUAGUAUUUACCUCGAACCUUAAUUCAGCGAACACCGGUCUCGUAAUCGAGCGACUUCUCACUUAUCGCUGUAUGUGCACUGGACUAGCUAAUGCAGGUGAAGCCCGUGUGUAAAACGUCAAGCCGGGCGCACACGCAAAAAGCCACUGAUGUAAUCACGGUGUGUCAUCGUGGGGUAAGAGUGGGAUUACGUUUCUAACUUCUGAAUCACUACUGCUGAUGAGAUUUGGCACAUUUGAAACGCCACUGCAGGUUCUCCGAGAGUGACUGUUAUUCCAAUAAAGCGUUUCUCCAGCUCCGACUUUCUCCAGCUUUUGCUUGUUUGGUUUUGAUGUUUCGGCCUCAGUAAUUCACAACAGUAUCUCUUUCUCGCAAGCUGCUCAUACCAAUAGCUCUCCCUGCGAUCAUUACGAUGAAACUGUUAGAGAACGUAGUGCACACAUUUCCUGAGAUAGAACGAGACCGCGUUUUUAGGAAGUUACAGCCUGUUUCGCUGAAAAUCCAAACGUGAGCAAGCGCACGGCUUACAUAUGUAGACAUCUGUUUUUACAUUGAGCUGUACAUUAGUAACACAUACCAUGGAGUAUUUCAGACCAUUUGACGGACGUGAAUGCCAGGAUGCUCUACGCCGCAAAAACUUCGAAUCCGUCGUGACGGCAAUCGUAGAGAGACUGAGUUAUCAGCGCCAAUACCAAGACGGCUAAUUUCAAAGUAUGGUGCGUUCAGCGGGUUUCCGUGCCAACGGAAGAUCUGACAUGAAGCGCACACGUGGCGAAUGCUGACAUGCACGUUGCACUUCGUUGCACUACGCUCAAAGAUGUAAGUGCUUUGAGUGCGCGAGUCCAGACCCGCUAUUCCUCUAUGCGUAGGCGAUUCCGCUAAGAAGGCGAUUCAGGUUAUCGACGCUAUACAAAAACUUGUAAAUUACUCUCUAUAUGUCAUUCUUUCCUUAGCCACUGCGUCUCGAAAGAUAAAGCUGUCCCGUUGGCGUGCCAUGCACGGUGACUUCCAUCACACAUGAACAUCAUGAGAAGCAAAAAGCGUCUCAUCGUUCGCGGUCUGCACCCAUGCACAUGCGCCGCACGUGCGAAAUAAAAGAAAAGCGCGGCGUUCUUAAAAUAUAAGGCUCGAUCUAUUCCGAGCUUUAUACUACCAUGUAGCUACAACUGAUACUGGCCUGAUGUGUUUAAUAAAGUUUUUUUUCCCAAACUUU